AUGACUUUAGGUUUGCUCAACCUACCUAAAGUGUACACUAACAUCCGCAACAGCCUCAAAGCGCAGAUGCAGAACGUCGGUUGGGUUAAUAAAAGCGUUUCCGGGGCAGCCGCGUUCGAUGCUCUAUGCCUGUAUUUGAUGAACUUACGCUCCCUACGCGCUUUCCUACCUAUUUGGACAGGAGUCGAUUCCGAAGCCCGUGGAGCACUCGCGGAUGCUUUGAAGUGGCUGAUUGGUGAUGAUGAACAGAAGGAAAAGCUAUCGAGAGGGCAGGGAAAUCGCGAGUACAGAGAAGUUGCCGGUGAUAGUGAUGAUGUUUACGACGGUGGACAGCCCGCCCAACGCUCUAGGAAGUACUCCGAUGCUCUAGGAGCAUUCUUCAACGUUGUUCCGCCUCCUACCUAUGACUGGAACGAUCCACAAAAUGAGCCUUCGUUCAUUGGAAUUCUGAAAAAGAUAACGUUUCCAGAGCUCUGCAAUUUGAUCUUGAAGCACACUGCACCCGGCAGAGCAAUCAGGAGUAUCUGGGGAGCACUGGAUAACGUUUCAGCGGCAUCCAAUCCACCUGUUCGGCCAAUGGAGGUCCAAAUCAGUGAUUCGGAAGAGGUCGAAGGUUGGUUGAAGAAUAGCGUUGGCAGGCCUAGGAGAAUACUGGCGGUGCUCCACAGAGCAGGCGCGGGUGCUAAUUUGGGUGGCGCUGAAUCACCCCCGCUGAACCGGGCAUUCCCUCAUAUCGAAGAAGACGAUUAUACCAUGAUCGAUAUUCCUGCAGAGGACUCUGAUUACGAGGAGGGAAGCCACCACAUCAAUGCUAAAAGACUGAGGGUAUAUUUACCCAGAAUUGAUGCCAGUAAUCAAAGGCUAAUCCAGACUCUUGUUAGACGUCGCGAUAGACAGCAGGAUGCUAUCGACGACUUAGACCUCAAAUACCUGAGGAAAUAUCCUUUGGCAGCCAAGAGAGCUGCUGAUGCACUCGCGGCUGCUGGUGGUGGAGGCUGUGAUGGAGGCGGUGGUGGAGGCGGUGGUGGUGGUGGAGGCAGUGGUGGUGGUGGAGGCAGUGGUGGUGGUAAUCCUCCUCCGGGCGGACCUCUGGGCGGUGGUGGUGGUGAUGGUGGUGGCAGCAGUGGUGGUGAUGGCGGGCAUCAUUAG